CGCACGACAUGCACUAACUAGCGACAUAGAACUGCUAUAGGAUCAGACGCACGUCUGGAGUCAGGCUUGCUAGCGCAAAUCCUUCUCCUUAUUCUGUAUUUAUUGGUCCUAAUUUUAACCUGGACAGAACGCUGAAUUUAGAACUGGAGAUCUAAUCACUGAACUAAACAUUUGGAUGAUUCGAGUCCAUUGAUAUUUCGAUAGGGAUAGAAAUAGUGUCUAGGUCCUCCCCAAAUAUAGCUAUUCCUUACCGAGGAACACAAGACGCGCAUACUCACAAGCACAAGUGGCUUGCUUGAACCAGCAUCGUGGCUACUUUUACAGCAGUGGCAUGUUCGAGGGAUAAAGCGGACAAAAUUGAACUCCCACCUAAGGAGGAUUCAAUGAAAAUGUCUGUCUGCGUCCACGAGAACCGCAAGUCGCGUGCCAGCACCGGCUCCAUGAACAUCUACCUGUUCCACAAGUCAUCAUAUGCCGACAGCGUCCUCAUGCACCUGAACACGCUGCGGCAACAGCGUCUCUUCACCGACGUCCUCCUCCAUGCCGGGAGUCGCUCCUUCCCCUGCCACCGUGCUGUGCUGGCUGCCUGCAGCCGCUACUUUGAGGCCAUGUUCUCUGGCGGGCUGAAGGAGAGCCAGGCCAGCGAGGUGGACUUCAGGGACUCUAUCCACCCGGAGGUCCUGGAGCUCUUAUUAGACUAUGCUUACACAUCCCGGGUUGUCAUCAAUGAGGAGAAUGCAGAGUCCCUCCUUGAGGCCGGGGACAUGCUGGAGUUCCAGGACAUUCGAGACGCCUGCGCCGAGUUCCUGGAGAGGAACCUGCACCCGUCCAACUGCCUGGGCAUGCUGCUGCUUUCCGACGCCCACCAGUGUACGAAGCUGUCUGAGCUCUCCUGGGGCAUGUGCCUCAGCAACUUUCCCACCAUCUGCAAGACAGAGGAUUUCCUCCAGCUUCCCAAAGACAUGGUGGUGCAGCUCCUGUCCCACGAGGAACUGGAGACAGAGGAUGAGAGGCUGGUUUACGAGGCUGCCCUCAACUGGGUCAACUACGACUUGGAGAGGAGGCACUGCAACCUGCCUGAACUGCUGCAGACCGUCCGCCUGGCUCUACUCCCUGCCAUCUUCCUCAUGGAGAAUGUGUCCACAGAGGAGCUGAUCAAUGACCAGUUGAAGAGCAAGGAGCUGGUGGAUGAGGCUAUCCACUGCAAGCUGAAGAUCCUUCAGAACGAUGGUGUGGUGAAAAGCCCCUGCGCCCGGCCCAGGAAGACCAGCCACGCCCUGUUCCUGCUGGGAGGACAGACCUUUAUGUGUGACAAGCUGUACCUGGUGGACCAGAAGGCCAAGGAGAUCAUCCCCAAGGCAGACAUCCCCAGCCCGAGGAAGGAGUUCAGCGCCUGCGCCAUCGGCUGUAAUGUCUAUGUGACUGGCGGGAGGGGCUCAGAGAACGGUGUGUCCAAAGACGUGUGGGUCUACGACACCUUGCACGAGGAGUGGUCCAAGGCGGCGCCCAUGCUCAUCGCUCGCUUUGGCCACGGCUCGGCCGAGCUGAAACACUGCCUCUACGUAGUUGGAGGACACACGGCCGGCACUGGCUGCCUCCCCGCCUCGCCCUCAGUGUCCCUGAAACAGGUGGAGCAGUUCGACCCCGGGGCCAAUAAAUGGACCAUGGUGGCGCCGCUGAGGGAGGGUGUGAGCAACGCAGCGGUGGUCAGCGUAAAGCUGAAACUCUUUGCCUUCGGAGGCACCAGCGUCACCCACGACAAACUACCCAAGGUGCAGUGCUAUGACCCGCAGGAGAACCGCUGGACGGUGCCCGCCUCCUGCCCACAGCCCUGGCGCUACACCGCCGCUGCUGUCCUUGGAAACCAGAUAUUUGUGAUGGGUGGGGACACAGAGUUCUCAGCGUGUUCGGCCUAUAAGUUCAGCAGCGAUACGUACCAGUGGACUAAAGUGGGAGACGUGACAGCCAAGAGAAUGAGCUGCCAGGCCGUGGCGUCAGGUAACAAACUGUACGUGGUGGGGGGCUACUUUGGCACGCAGCGGUGUAAGACUCUGGACUGUUAUGAUCCGACGCUGGACGCGUGGAACAGCAUAACUACCGUACCCUACUCCCUCAUCCCAACAGCCUUCGUCAGCACCUGGAAACAUCUCCCUGCCUGAGCUGCAAGGGAUCCUGGGAUAGCCUGACACCUCCAUCCCAACCCCCCUCCCAUGAGAUUUCCCUGUUUUGCAUCAUCCACUGGAUUGGAACUUCCUGUCUGUGCAAAAAAAAUGUUUAAAAAAAUAAUCCAUAAAUAGACCUGAACCAUGGUGUGAGUGUGAAAACACACCUUGAUCCAUCCUGAUGAUGCUGUGAGUACACAGAUGUUUAAAGAACCAUCAAUGCUCCUGGGUGGUCCUUGUACACAGAAUGAUGUCACAAUGUCAAUGACGUCAUAUCGUUUCUGAGAGGGAGGUUAGGAUAUUGUUCAUGCAAAUGCGCUCAAAAAACUGCUGCUUGUGCUGUAAAAUAACAACAACUCCUUAAUCCCAGUGUACUAUUGGCAAAUGACGCCGUUGCUUCACAGCCCUUCAUAAAAUAACCAUCAACAUACCAGUCAGUCACACACUCACACAGCAUUUCUUUCCAUUCAAUCAUGAAAGACUUUGUCGUAUUGCUAUGUCGUUGCGCUUCUCACUCUGAUAAUUCUGUGAAAUGAAACGGGGGGGGGAAAACGGAAAAAAACACACCCUCUGCACAGAGACUUUAAUAUAAUGGCAUGAAGAAUACCUGGCUGGACAUAGGAUACAUAUGGAGAGAGGAGAGUGGAGAGUCAGUGAUCAACAUGUGCGUGAUGGAGAGUCAGUGAUCAGCAUGUGUGUGACCAGACCAGAGAACAGGACAAAGACAAAACUCUUCAGCUUGUUUAUAACCAGCUGAUCCACAAACUGAUCCAGGAUAUGCACAAUGAAGGAACAACAACAUCCCCUCUCUCUCCUCCCCUCCCCUCCACUCUUUACUCUUCCGUUCUGUUAGUUGCCUCCGUUGUGUAUCUGAUACAUUAGACUCCUUGCGUUCCAUCUGGGAGAGAUUAUAUUGCUCUAUUGGCCACCAGUCUUUCUGCCCUGCCAAAGAAGAGGAGAGAGGAGAGAGAAAAAGAGAGAGAGAACCUCCUCCCUUCCUCUUCCCGUCCCCAUCACCUAGUGGGCGUUUGGGUUUUAAAACAUUGUAAUGGGCGUUGGGAGUUCCUGUUUGGCAGUUUUGUGUGAGACCUGGCUCUAGCUGUCACUACGUGUCCUUGGGACUUUAGGUGCCAGCACCAGCUGAGCCUGAGAGGGGGGUUGGCGGAGGGGGUGACAUGAAUAUUUAUGUGAGGAACCCCAAAGGAAGCACAUUUUGGCUGUAGGCUACUACACUCUCCCCAUGCAAAAUAACACAAAUCCAAGAACAGUAAAGGACAAUGCAACACAGAACAGAAGAAAAUGCUCAUUCAAGCUCAGUAGUACUACACAAAAUACUGUUUAGUCUUGGACACUAUUUACAGAUUGUUCUGAUGUUAUUCCAAUGAGAAUUAUUGUUUUGUUGGAGUACUGAUGGAUUGAUCUUCCGCUUUGCCUAAACGGUGAUACUAAAUUCUUCAAAACAUCUAUGGUCAUGGUGACGUGAUACGUUUGUCAUGAAAUUCUCUGGUCAAGAGAAUCUUGUCAAUUUGCUCACCCAAACUGAAACUGAAAAUAUUAAUUUUCUGAUCUUGCUGCAAUGUAUUAUGUUUCAGAAGUCUUCAUUUAUAAGAAAAUGACUUUACUUUAUUUGUUUAUGUAAAAUAAUGCUUAAUCCUAUAUAUUGUUUCUCUGCCUGCAUUCAUAAAUUAGUAAGUGAAUGAAUGUUUAUCGUUUAACGGGGUAUAUCAUGCAUGGCCCAAGUUAAAGCUGCUCUAUUUUUGAUCUAAUUUGGGCUGCUUUUUUUGCACAGUUUCUCCCAAUGUGGAACCUUAUCUUUUUAAAGUGGGUUGGGGGGUUGUAUGAACACCUCCAACCAUUUGGCCAGUGAGGUGUACGGAUCAGAGGUUAAGAGGUCAGGGGUUAGGGGUCAGAGUAGGGAUGAACAUGGGGAGGAUGGACGUUGCUUAGAUUACCCAGAGUGCAAGUGGGUAGUGUAAUAUCUCACAUAUUAAUGUUGACUUGACUUCUAUGAGGCAUAUCUGCUUAAUUUGAUUACAUUUAACUAACAGACUCUGGUCAAACUGGGGCUUAAAGCGCUACACCAAAUGGCCUUGUUGUUGAGUCAACAGAGACACUGCUAGAGGAAAAACAACAACAACAAUGUUAAUGACAAAAACAAGCAGGCUGUGAGAAUUUGUACGUGUUCGAAGCUAGCGGCAGAGGCGUGCAGUAACUGUCAGGAACAUCAGCACAGUGACACACAAACACACACACACACACACACACCCUGUGACCCUGACACCGCUAGCCAGGCCCUGUGCAGUUAUGUGAGGAAUGUGAAGGUGGCAGCUGUCCUUGGAACAGCUGGGGGACUGACUGUGUCACAUCUACCCUGGGCUCAACCCCUUCAGGCGUUACUCUAGGUCCCCUCACUAGGUCCCCUCUGAGUCCCUGGGCCCUUUAAGUCCCCACACUCAAAUAUGAAAUAUUCUGAAUUGAGAUGAGUGUAUGUAAAUCAGACUUUCUUGUAAAUAAUUUAUUAAUAUCAACGGGAGACUUGCAUGACAAUUUGAGCAUGUAGAUCUCAAGUCAGAAUACUUCCCGUGUAGUUUGAGAGUGAAAAUGAGGGGGAUGAGGAAGCAGAUGGGUUCGUUGAAUCCUGUAAUCUUGGUGUGUUGGUGUUGAUAAGGGCAGGCGGACACCGCAGUGCUUUUCACAAUAGUGUCACUGAUGUAUGGGAAGAAAUAUGAGAGUUCCUAAGACCAAAAAAGGGAAUUCUGGACUUUUUGUCUGUCUGUCUAGGUGGCCAAAACAUUGGCAUAUACAGUUUAGCAUCAAUGAAAUCAUUAUGUAUGUCAACAAAAAAGCUAACAGUUGUAUAGAUUUUCCCAGGAUGUAUAAUGGUUGUAUUCAGUGAAUCGCCUCAACCCCUAAGAACUAAAUGGGCAACAUUCCACAUUCCUGUUUGAUUGUGCGAGCUACCCACUUCAUAGCCCACCUCCCAGGCCUACAAAAGCAGGAAUCGUUUGAGGAAUUCUAUGGAGACUCAUUAGCACCUUGAUGCCAACCCCCUAACCAACCCGUUCACAGAACACUGCCCAACUGGCCUCACAAAUCAGACAAGCGGGUUACUUAAGUGAUCAUGGCCUCCAAGCCGGGGUUUGGAGGAUAAAUUGGCAUGGGUGUUGUUAGGCCCUUGAUGAAGUCAAGGGCCGGCAAACAGGGACAAUAUAUCCUCCAAACCCCGGCUUGGAGGGCAUUAUCACUUUUAUACAACAGGUUACCAACAUAUUCAAAUAAUGAUUGACACAUUUUCAUUCAACUUUAUUUUGAUUAAUUUAUUCAUACUAUUUAAUCCUUCCACAAGAUAUAGUCCCGACACAAAUCUAUGGUUGCUAGAGACGAGACCCAGUCGUUCGUUCGAAAUGUUCCAUUGCCAUACUGGCUGGCAACGUUCUUACCCCUUGCUUGCUAUCUAGCCAACUACGGGUAAUUUACAGUCAUGUCAAAAAGUGCAGCCAGAAUAACAGCAAAGUAGCUGCAUUUACAUUUGUUUAAGCUGUUUCCUAGUGACAUUUAUUUGGAUACAUCCAUAACAAUAACUUAAUGAGGCACGAUUUCGCCUGGCAUAGAAAAUGUGCUCCCUCAUCAGGACACUUGUUGUUCAGAGUACCUAGCCAACAAUACAGCUACAGUAACACAAUCACUUCAACCGGAAGCUGGAAAGACUGCAAAUUAGCUGAGUUUAGUUUAACCUUUCUUCAAUUGAAUUUUUUUUUGUAUAUAUGCCAAAAAUUAUGCCAGCUGAUUCAGGAUUUUGACUGGCUGAGAAACGCUGCCUGCCUGUCUGUCUCGUCCCGACUCAUUCAUUAUUAUGGGACAGCAGGAGAUCGAAUUUGAAUAUUGAAACAAUGUUGCAAAUGUCAGAGAGACAGACAGCAAGGUUUAUACAAAUCUCCAAUGUUGAAAUCAAAAUGUUAGUCGAAAAUAAAUGUGAGAUAAUGUCCAGACGCUUUUUCUAGUGGAGAUCAAGUUUAUUAAUUGCCUGGCUGGGCUGAUGAGACAGUGGAUUGCACAGUCAGAUGAAACAGGCAUUUUAACGUCAUAGAUUUAGCAGGUGGUAAUUUGUGGAAUAGACACUGUCUGGAAUGCGGUUUUAACCAAUCAGCAUUCAGGAUUAGACCCACCCGUAGUAUAAUCCUUUUAGAACAACAAAUUACCCUGGCAACGGUCAACAAUGACUGCCCCUCCAAUUUACACAAUUGUUGAGUGGCAUUUUUUUCCACCUCUCUCAUUUCUCUCUUCCCCCUUUAUCGAGACUCAGCUUGGUCACAUGAGAGUGUAUUCUCCCCGGCAGGCUUGCUGUAGGCAUUCACCAAAAUGAUGUAAAAUUCAGACAGGAUGCAUCUUUAAAAGCACUGUUAUCAAUGUGCGUUUGUUUUAAUUUCUUUUUCAUGUCCAAGUAAAAUUUUAUUUAAUUUUUUUACAACAUUGUUUUGUACAUGUGACAGAUUUUUUUCACAAUGUGAAAUUCAUAGCAAAAUAAACAUAAGAGUUUUUCCUCUUGACUUUAAUUA